AUGUCAGAGAGUAAAUUAAAUAAUGAAUAUAAAGAGCCUUCUGUCACGUCAAAAGAUCCUAAUGAACGGAUUCUCGCUAGAAGAAUGCGGAUACAGAAACGAUUAGAGACUAUUAAAAAGCAGGAUAAUAAGGAGGAUAAGGAGUCGGAUGAGAAAACAGAAACGGAAAAACAAAUAGAUGCAAGCGCUGAGUUAAUGCUAAAGUUAGUUGCCGAAGGUGAUGAAGUGAUUUCAAAUGUGAGAAUAGCUAACGAAGCCCGCGAAGUUCAUCGGCAAGAAGAAGAUUUUGCUAUACGCAAAAAUUUAUUUGACAAACUAGAAGCUGAGCUAAAAGAUUCUUUGGAAAAAUAUGAAGAAAUAAAUUCAGUAUGGCCUGAAUUACUUCAGUCAAAAGAUCCUCUAGAUAUUUAUGAUGGUAUUCAAUCCCAAAAUGAUAAGUGUCAGAAAGUUUUAGCGCAAAAAGAUGUUAUUAUUGAGGAAUUAAAAAAAGCGCUUGAAAAUGCGGAUAUUAAGUUUGCUGAAGAUCAAAAGAAACAAGAUGAAGAUAUUGAUAUAUUGAUUGACCGAAUUGAUUCUCAAGUAAAUAUAAUAAAUAAAGGAUAUCGCCGAGAACUAGUAUUGAUAGAAGACGCACUGAAAAAUGAACGGAGUAAAAUACUGGAAGACAUUACCAAGAAGUGGGAUGCAUUGUACAAAGAACGACAAGAUAAUGAAAUCCAAGGUGUUGAACGUAGACGUGAAAUAAUGCGUGAAUAUGAGAAUGACAUGAACCGUGUAUUGAUUGAGCAUCAAGAGCAGUAUCGAGCACAAAAGAUUUGGCUGGAGACUGAAUGUCAGAAACUUCAGCAGGAUGUUGAAAAUAUGAAGGCAUUAUGUAUGCUUAAUCUCGAGAAACUGGAUUACAACUAUGCUGUUCUCAAGAAACGUGAAGAUGAAAACGCGAUUAUUAAAAAUCAACAAAAACGACGGAUCAACAAACUUCAAGAUAUUAUUACAGAAUUAAAGAAGAAUUACGCGGAACUAGAAAAUUCAACUCGUUUAAAAAUUGAAAAGUUACAAAGUCAAAUCUUAAAAACCCAAAAAAGUAUUAAAGAGUUGGAAACUAAGUCAAAUCAUUUCACGUCGGUCAAUGAUAGACGAUUUAUGCAGAUUUGGGAAAUGAAUACAAAGAAUGCGGAUAAAUUAUUGGAGGAGAUAUUCAAAGUGGAUAAAAUUUUGUAUGAACAAAUGUUAGGAUUAGAGUGGGAGCCACCGGAGGAGAAUCUGCUAAAAAAAGAAGAUUUACCGUCGUAUCAAGAGGCUAUGCGUAUUAUUAAUCAAAAAGAAUCAGAUAAAGUAAAUUCUGAUGAUACAAGAUCGAUCAUGGAUGAAAAAACAUUACGAUUAAAAGAACAAGUUUUAAAGUAUGUUACAACUGAGGGGAAAAAUGAUGAUGAAGCAGAUACCGAAUCAAACCAUUCGAGUGAUGUAAUAUGUGCUGGUAGUAAAAGUGAGAUAGAAGAAAUAAAAUUGACGUGUGAUAAGGGCCACUUGUUGGAUAUUAAAUCAACAAAUGUUAUAAAAGCUCUUCGUGAAUUCGUCGAAAAAUACAACAAAGUGACACAUGUCUUAUCCGAUAAUUCGAAACAGGAAAAAGUACUUGCAGAUAAUAAGAUUGUACUGUCACGAUGCAUAUCUGAGAAAGAUAUUAUCGAGUACUGGCGACGUUACAGAGAAAUAUUCGAUGACAAGAAAGAAAAACUCUGGGAUGCAAUGAUUAUUGGAUUACAAAAGUAUCAUGAUAUUUUAAAAGAAAGGCAUAAAGUAAUAGGUGAUAUUGAAGGCAUCCAGCGACAAAAUGCUGAAUUGCGUCGACUGCUCGAGAGUUGUAGAGUCAAACCUGACGCUGGGUCAAUGCACCGAAAAACUAAAUCAGCUAAUAUAUUUAAUUAA